AUGGCGACGCCAUUUUUCGGUGUGGACGGAGGCGCUGGCGGCGUUGCGGUAAUGGCAGGUCCACUGAACCCAAUCGAUCCUUCAACGCCGUCCAAGUCUUGCCUCAAGAAUUCCGUACUCAAGUCCCCCAUACUCAUAUUCCUCUUCUUCCACAAAGCUAUCCGGUUGGAGCUCGACGGCCUCCACCGCGCCGCCAUGGAUUUCGCCACCAGUGGCGGAGAUAUUAAACCUCUAUUGUACAAGUAUCACUUCCUCCAUGGGAUUUACAAGCACCACUACAAUGCUGAGGAUGAGGUAGGCGAUUAG